CAUAAGAAGAAUAGGAGCUGAUAACCUGAAAUUUAUUGUUAUGUUUUAAUUUAUUUAUAUUUACUUUUAUGUUCCUUGUGAAUUUGUAAACUGCAAUAAUGAACCAUCGUCACGAAUCAAUACCAUAUAAAAUAUGAAUAUGAUAUGAAUUGAUCCACUAAAAAAAUAGUUAAAAUGUCUGAAGCAAUUAAUGUACUUCUGAAUGAUAUUCUGAAAGUAGAUGGUAUCGAAGAAGCUUUCAACUGCUUUCUGGUACACAGAGCAGACCAAGAAACCGAGAAAAUAGUACGAUGGCAACAAGAACUGAACUCCGCAUUUUGCCUGAAUCCAGAUCAGUUGGACGCAGCUAUCAAACAAUAUUUGAUAGUUGCUUCGGGAUGCUCGCACAAUCAGUUGCAGUUACUCAUAUCUCUACUGGAGACUGCUGUCAAAAAUGGAAUACUUCCCGCUCGAAAAGUCUGCGAAAUUAUCAUAACAAGUACCAUUUUACAACACAACAAUUCUCACUUUUGGGUAGAAUGUUUCAAACUAAUCAAGAAAAUUAUAGAUAUGGUUGAAUACAAGGGUGUACGAGAAAUUAUGAAAGGUUGCUGUGAAAAAGCAAAGUUAUUGCCUUGGCGCUUAAAUUCUGGUCUUCAGCCACAAACACGUGUUCUCAUAGACGUGGCCACAAAAAUUAUGGAUCGGAAUGCGUGCCUCCUACCAGGUUACCUACUUGUGAAUGAACUUCAGAAAGCAUACCCAGAUUGUCCGCAUUGGAGGCUUUCUUCAUUAUUUUCUGAUUAUGUGGACAGUUUCCGAGCUUGUGCUCAGAUGGUAUCGAUCGUGGGGCAAGCUGAAAUGAGGCCUGUUGUGGAACAUAGCGGAUGUCCUGAACAUUUAGUCAAUCCGUGGAAGCUUGACCCACUUACCUUGCGCUUUAGCCUCAAAGGGACUCUACCGUAUGCUCCGGAACUCUUAGAAAAACAAACGGGGCUGUUACGUUACGUCUUAGAACAACCUUACAGUCGAGAUAUGGUAUGCGGCAUGCUAGGCCUGAACAAGCAGCACAAACAGCAUUGUCAAGCUAUUGAAGAACAACUCAUUGAACUGGUAGUCUUAGCAUUAGAAAGGACCGAAGCUGAGGGGGAUGAACAAGCUACCCAAGAUUUAUGGCUUCACCUCUCCUCUCAGUUGAUAUAUUUCGUGCUCUUCCAAUUUGCAAGUUUUCCCAGCUUGGUUAUAUCUCUACAUUCUCGUUUACAAGGAAGAGACCUCAGAAGGGGCAGGGACCAACUAAUGUGGGUUUUGCUGCAAUUCAUUUCGGGAUCGAUUCAACGCAAUCCUUUGUCGAAUUUUCUCCCUGUCUUGCGAUUGUAUGAGCUGCUUUAUCCGGAACAGGAACAACCCUUGCCGGUUCCCGAUUUCAAUCAGCCCCAGUGCACUCGGCAAAUGGCCACAACUUGCAUCUGGAUUCACUUAACGAAGAAGGCUCAAGCAGAGCUGGUCAACAUCACUUGGCCCGUGCCGACCAAGCUACGGGCUCAUCACGAUUUCUUGCAGCACCUGGUUCCCCCCAGUAAUGCCGCUCUCGCGAUGGGGAAUGAUUAUAGAAUCGCCCUGUUGUGUAAUGCUUACUCAACGAAUCAGGAUUAUUUUAGCAAACCGAUGGCAGCACUUGUCGAGACUAUACAAGGGAGCGCCAAGUCUGCCUCACCUCCUACAGCUCCUUUGAGUAUGACUGUCCUCGAUUCCCUCACCGUACAUUCCAAAAUGAGUCUGAUCCACAGUAUAGUGACUCACGUUAUCAAGCUGGCCCAGGCAAAGUCCGGGAUGCCCCUGUCUCCGGCCUUAGUGGAAACAUACAGCAGACUAUUGGUCUACACGGAGAUAGAAUCUCUUGGAAUCAAAGGAUUUCUGAACCAGCUACUGCCUCAAGUGUACAAGUCUCACGCUUGGGGAACUUUGUACACACUUUUGGAGAUGUUCAGCUACAGGAUGCACCACAUCCAUCCACACUAUAGGGUGCAGUUAUUGAGUCAUUUACAUUCAUUGGCCGCUGUACCGCAGGCCAAUCAAACGCAGCUUCAUUUGUGCGUGGAAUCGACCGCAUUGAGGUUAAUUACAGGUCUGGGCAGCGGCGACGUCCAACCGGAACUCUCCCGUUUCCUCCAAGAGCCCAAAACCAUCGUAUCCGCCGAAUCCGAAGAGCUAAAUCGAGUCCUCGUGCUCACGCUGGCCCGAGCGACCCACGUGACAGGCACUGACGGCUCCUGGUGCCACGAACUCCUCACCACCAUAGCUCAGAGCACGCCUCACGCGUGGGCCCCUCACACGCUGGACUGCUUCCCGCGAGCCCUAGCCGAGUUCUUCACGCAGCACGCCGUCCCCAAAGAGAACAAGCAGCAGCUGAAGAAGGCCGUCGAGGAAGAGAACAGGAAGUGGGCGUCGAUGAACAACGAGAACGACAUCAUGGCCCACUUCGGAGUGCCGGGAGCGCCUCCGCUGUUCCUUUGUUUGCUGUGGCGGAUGCUGCUUGAAACCAAUCACAUCAGCCCCAUCGCGUACAAGAUUCUGGAGAGGAUUGGCGCCAGAGCUCUGUCCGCGCACCUGCGAAAGUUUUGCGACUGCCUCGUUUUCGAAUUCAGCAACUCCCCCGGAGGACAGCACGUCAACAAGUGCGUCGACACCAUCAACGACAUGAUCUGGAAGUACACCAUCGUGACGAUCGACCGACUCGUGCUGUGCCUCGCCCUCAGAACGCAAGAGGGCAGCGAAGCGCAAGUCUGUUCCUUCAUCAUACAGCUAGUGCUCCUGAAGGCGACAGAAUUCCGCAACAGAGUCCAAGACUUUGUCAAAGACAACUCGCCCGAUCAUUGGUUGCAAACGAACUGGCACGAGAGGCAUCUCGAGUUCCAGAGGAAGUAUCCGGAGAAGUUUGCCCCGGAAGAACAGAGCAGCGGUUACCAUCCGAAUUUCGGUAACGUCUGCCUGAGGUUUUUGCCGGUUUUCGAUAUCGUCGUGCACAGGUUUUUGGAGAUUCCGCAGGUGACGAAGAGUUUGGAAAUACUGCUGGAACAUCUAGGAUGUCUGUAUAAAUUCCACGAUAGGCCUGUUACGUAUCUGUACAAUACGCUGCAUUACUAUGAGGCUAAGCUGAGAGAUAGGCCGCCACUGAAGAAAAGGUUGGUAGCUGCCGUUUUAGGAAGUCUGAAAGAAACCCUUUCGGAACCGUAUCAAGCUUUCCUCGCGAGGUCUCCUGACGAGGUAUGGUUGCCGGAAUUGGAUUACUAUGUUCAGGUGGUGAGAAGAAUAGUAGAUGUUAUCAGAGGAACUAACACUAAUCCAAUGCCUGACUGGAGGUUUAACGAGUUUCCAAAUGCGGGGGCACAUAUUCUGUAUACUUCUUGCGUGGAACUGAUGGCUCUCUCGGCAGGACCUCCUGCUGUUGCUAACGGGCUUCUGGAUGUUGUUGCUAAAGGUUUCGUGAUGAUACCGUCUGCUGACAUCCACCAGUGGAUCAAUGCAAUCGGUCUGGUGCUGGCCGCCCUUCCAGUCAGCUAUUGGAGCAUACUACACGACCGCCUCCUAUCGACCAUUGCUGAACUAGAAACCUGGCCCUUUGACUGUUCACCGUUCCGCCUCUUCGACUUCAAACAGACACAUGCGGGUCUCCUGCACAAUCGAUUCAGCUACAUGCUGGCGCUGUCGCAUUCUGUGUGGCACCACGCAGGCCCCGGUCUGAUUUCCAGCGUCCCCCGUUGGGUGAGAGAAUGUUUACCUGUCGUCGUUCAUACAGAGGAGCAGUUCCUGUUCGUUUGUCACUUGGUCGGGCCGUUUCUGCAACGUUUUAUGGCCAUAACGGACCUGACUAAUGCUCUGUAUGAAUUGUUGGCGCAAGUCGACCAGGCCCAGAGCGAGAUGAAGUACAUGGACCCCAUUUGCGAUUUGUUGUACCAUAUUAAGUAUAUGUUUAUCGGAGAUAGUAUGAAGAAGGAGUUGGAGGCUGUUGUGAGGAGGCUGAGGCCCCAGCUUCAGCUGCGGCUGAGAUUCAUCGCGCAUUUGACGAUUGAAGAAGUGAAUGCUUCUUAGAGUGAUUUUAAAUAUUCGAGUUAUUUUAAAAUUAAAGUAAUAAAUUUAUUUCAUAAGCUA